CGUGCGCGGUACCGCGGCGGGCGGCGGAGGGAGCCGCGAUGGAGGGCCCUCUGACUGUCCGCCAGGUAAUAAAUGAAGGCGAUUCAAGCUUUGCCCCUGAGUCACAGGAGGAGUUAGAGGAAAAUCCUAGUCCAGUUGUGGAUGAGAAUAAUAUUGCAUCAGCUAAAAAACAGGGACCACAUUUACAUAACUGGAGUGGUGACUGGAGCUUUUGGAUUUCAAGUUCUACCUAUAAAGACAGAAAUGAGGAAUAUAAAAGACAGUUCACACAUCUACCUGAUACUGAGAAGCUGAUAGCAGAUUAUGCUUGUGCUCUUCAGAGGGACAUUUUGCUUCAGGGACGACUAUACCUUUCAGAAAACUGGCUGUGUUUCCAUAGCAACAUCUUCAGAUGGGAAACUACAAUUUCUAUUGCUUUAAAGAAUAUAACCUUCAUGACCAAGGAGAAAACUGCUCGACUCAUCCCAAAUGCUAUCCAGAUCAUUACAGAGGGUGAAAAGUUUUUCUUUACAUCUUUCGGUGCCAGGGAUAGAAGUUACCUCAGUAUCUUUAGAUUGUGGCAGAAUGCACUAUUAGACAAGAGCUUGACUAGACAAGAAUUCUGGCAGCUGCUGCAGCAGAACUAUGGCACUGAACUAGGCUUAAAUGCUGAAGAGAUGGAAACCUUGUCUCUUUCGAUUGAGGAUAAUAUGCAGUCAAGAAGUUCAGAAAGAAGCAGCUUGGAUGACUGUGGGGAGAGAGAUGAAAGAUUAUCUAAGUCAAUCAGUUUUACCUGUGAAUCAAUUAAUCGCGUUUCAGAAACAGAGUCAAUCGAUGGAAAUCUAACAAAAGUGGUUAGUGUAGAACCCCAAAGUGAGAAACAGAUCAAAAAGAGUCCUUCACUAACCUCAGAAAAGAGGUUAAGUAGAGUGCCAUCGAAAUCACUGGACUUGAAUAAAAAUGAAUAUCUUUCUCUGGACAAAAGCAGCACUUCAGAUUCUGUUGAUGAAGAAAAUAUUCCUGAGAAAGAUCUUCAUGGAAGACUUUAUAUCAACCGUGUUUUUCACAUCAGUGCUGAGAAAAUGUUUGAAUUGCUCUUCACCAGUUCACGCUUCAUGCAGAGAUUUGCCAAUUCUAGAAAUAUAAUAGAUGUAGUAUCUACCCCUUGGAACGUGGAACCUGGAGGUGAUCAACUGAGAACGAUGACCUACACUAUAAUCCUUAAUAAUCCACUUACUGGAAAAUGCACUGCUGCCACUGAAAAACAGACACUAUAUAAAGAAAGUCGGGAAGCACAAUUUUAUUUGGUAGAUUCAGAAGUGCUGACACAUGAUGUCCCUUACCAUGAUUAUUUCUAUACCCUGAACAGAUACUAUAUCAUCCCAUCUUCAAAACAGAAAUGCCGGCUGAGAGUUUCCACAGAUUUGAAAUACAGAAAACAGCCAUGGGCCAUUGUCAAAUCUUUAAUUGAGAAGAAUUCCUGGAGUUCAUUGGAAGGCUAUUUUAAACAGCUUGAAUCAGAUUUGUUAGUGGAAGAAUCUGUGUUAAGCCAGUCCAUUGAAGACCCUGGAAAACUUAGUGGCCUACGAAGGAGAAGGCGAACAUUCAACCGAAAUGCAGAAACAGUUCCUAAACUUUCUUCUCAGCAUUCUUCUGGAGACGGGGGCUUGGACGUCAAAGGGGAUAUUACAGGAAAGAAAAAGGAAAUGGAAAGCUACAACACCGCCCUCAUUGUGGUAAUGAGUAUUUUUUUGCUUUUGCUAGUUUUGUUGAAUGUGACACUGUUUCUGAAGCUGUCGAAGAUAGAAUAUGCUGCUCAGUUGUUUUACCAUCUCCACCUCCAAGAAGAGAAAUCUUUAAAUUUAGCCUCUGAUAUGGUGUCAAGAGCAGAAAAUCGUCAAAAGAAGAAAGAUCAGGCCCAUCGUUUAAAAGGAGUGCUCCGAGACUCCAUCGUGAUGCUUGAAGAGUUGAAGAACUCGCUCAUUAUGCUUCAGAGAACUUUUGAUCUACUAAAUAAGAACAAGACUGGCGUGGCUGUGGAGAGCUAGUGAUCUUAAGGACCGAAAUUGUAGAACAUCUAGGAGAAAACCAGAGGAUGAAGGAUUUUAUUGUCAUAGGAACAUUUCCAUAUUUUCUCAUUAUUGGUACUUCUAGUAUGAACAUUUUUUUUAAUAACCUCUGAUGGCCUUAAGAAUCCAUUCUUUCACUUCUUAUACAUAAUUCUAAGCUGUGAAUUUCUCCAGUGAAGGAUGAAAUAUAUUGUGGAUUUGAAUUUCUGUGAUACCAAAAGAAAAUCUGAACUGAGUGAUAUGGCCUCAUUUUUACAAUGAGGUUAGAAGUUUCAUGCUUUAUCUGUUAGCACGGAAUCAGUACGUGUUCAAUAGGCUGUUCCACAGUUGAGAUACAUUCAAGAGGCUACAGAUGACGGUAUAAGAAGAAACCUAUAAGUCCUUAUGAAUUUUGAAGGAUCAGUUUUCAAGCAUAUAACAUUUCUAGGUUUGUGUACUGUAUUACAAUGUUUUCAUUCAUUUAAAAUGCAAUUUCAAUAGUCAGACCUUUGACUGCAUGUUGAUUAUUAUAUGAAAGGUUCUUCGGCCAUGUUGUAUUGUCAUGAAAGAAACAGUUGUUUCUUCUUCAACUAGCUAUCAGAGGUGAGAUUAUCUUGCCUUUUCAUACAUCAAGUGGCAGAAGAGUCAAUUUCAGAAAAGGAAACAUGUAGGAUACUAACAAUCAAAAUGAAGAACCAUGCUGAGUUUUAAAAACCAGAUUCGGUUAAAAUCUGGGCAUUUAGUGACAGAUCAAAUAAAUACUUGAACUAAGCUUGGCUUCAGCUUAGCACUCUUUCAUGGUGGAAGAAAGCCAUCUUGUUUAAAAUAAUUUGUGGAUUAAUUUUCAGUAGCUACAUGUGGUUUCAUUUAUUCAUUCAUGUGUGUGGCUUGUUUUACUCAUUAAGUUAUAAGCCAGACACAGACUUUAGCUCUUUAAUAAAAACUUUUGGGUGUAUUAUCUCCCAAUACAAGUGUACUGACUGAAGUUGUCAGACACAAGCUUCGGCUCUUUCAUAAAAAGGUUUUAGGCAUUAUGUCUCAAUACAAGUGAUGUCUCUGAUACAAGCGAAAGAUAGUGCAGAAUAAUUUGUAUAUAUCCUUACUGUUUGAACAACUAUUGCCUUUAAACAUUUUUUUCCCCAGUCACCACAGCCACAUGGGAUUACUAAAGUAAUUUUUGAGAUGUCUGUAAAGACCGAAAAGUAUUGACCUGAGUAGGGGAAAAAUGGGUUUCUCAUGGUGAAUCCCAACUCACCUACUUUGGGUUACCAGUGUACCUACCUGGAGGUUUUUUGGUAAGGAUUUACGAAAUGUCUGGCUGUGAGAAUAGUGACUGGAUCAUAAACUUGAAACCUUAUUCUGUUAAAUUCACAAAAAUGAUCAGUGACAAGCUGAAUAUUUUUGAGAUAUUUCUUUAAAGCUUGUGCUUCAUUACAUACCUCAAAGAAAACCAAAGUAAGUUGCUUUAUAAAGACUAUGGAUGAUGAAUUCAAUUAAUUGUAUUUGAGUAUGUUAUGUAAAUUGAAUAUCAAUAAAACCCCAAAUCUUCGA